CAUUGUCAGUGUAUGUCUGUUUCGGCAGAAUGAGAGUCAUACGGUUUAGAAAGCUAAAAAUUAAGCAGAUAGUUUUCAUUGCAUUAUUUUGUCUGACUGUCGUGAUUUUCUACACAAAUAUCAUCGGGACGUCUUUGGAAAAGGUACCCAGCCAUGUUCUGUUUAUUCGAAAGAAGCGGUUUGAUGCCUACCAAGCUAGCGAGUCACUUCGAACAGGACCCGGCGAAAAAGGAUUACCGGUGCAUUUAAAAGGGGAAGAAAAACUUUUAGGAGAAAAACUUAUGCAUAAAGAAGCGUUUAAUAUAGUUGCAAGUGGAAAAAUAUCGCUGGAGCGAUCCGUGAAGGAUGUUCGUGAUCGAAGGUGUAAGGAUAUUGUCUACCCUAAGAUCCUUCCAAGUGCGAGUGUUGUGAUAAUCUACCACAACGAGGCCUGGACGACGUUGCUGAGGACGGUGCACAGCGUGAUAAACCGAUCUCCGCCCGAAUAUCUGCACGAAGUUGUCUUACUGGAUGAUUUCAGUGACCGACCUGAGUUGGGGGACAAGUUGAAGACCUACGUGGAGAAGACGUGGCCUGAUGGUGUUGUGAAGAUGGUGAGGACCCAGCAGAGGAGUGGCUUGAUACGAACCCGUAUUGAAGGUGCCAAGGCUGCCACGGGUGACGUCAUCGUGUUCCUGGAUUCUCACUGUGAGGCAGGAACACAGUGGUUGGAACCGAUCCUUGCUCGAAUACAAGAAAACCGGAAGACGGUAGUGUGUCCCAUCAUUGACGCCAUCAACGACAACACGUUGGAGUAUUCUGGUAAUGGGGGCUACAAUGUGGGCGGGUUUUCCUGGAGCAUGCACUUCACCUGGAGAGACAUCCCGGAGAGGGAGAAAGUACACCGGAAAUACACGGACCCUAUCAGCUCUCCAACAAUGGCCGGAGGCUUGCUGGCGCUGGACAGAAAGUUCUUCUGGGAGAUCGGGGGCUAUGAUGACGGAAUGGACGUGUGGGGAGGGGAGAACCUCGAGAUCUCCUUCAGAACGUGGAUGUGUGGCGGCCGGCUGGAGUUUCUGCCUUGUUCCCGUGUCGGGCAUAUCUUCCGCUCCAGUCAUCCCUAUACGUUCCCAGGUGGCAAGGACACGCACGGUGUAAACUCGGCGAGGGUGGCUGAGGUCUGGAUGGACGAUUACAAAAGACUGUUCUAUAUGCACAGACAUGCGUUGAAGGGUAAAGACAUCGGGGACAUAUCUGCUCGAGUUGGUCUCCGGGACAAGCUUCAGUGCAAGAGCUUCAAGUGGUAUCUGGACAACGUGUACCCCGAGAAGUUUGUCCUGGAUGAGGGUGUCAAGGCCUGGGGCAUGGUGAAGGCUAUGGGCAGUUCACUCUGUCUGGACACUCUGGGUGGAAACGACAGGAUGGAAUACGACCUGGGCGUGUAUUAUUGUCAGUCGGGCGCCAGUACUAACCAGCUGUUUUCUUUAAGUCAGACUGAAGAGCUACGGCGGGAGGAUCUGUGUCUUGACUCGCAGGGGGUCGACGGCGGAGUCGCCAGGAUGAUGCUGUGUUCUAAAAAGACGCCGGGGAUGAAGUGGAAACAUGACGAGGACCAAGGCACAAUCAUCCAGGACAAGUCUGGCAAGUGUUUAGACAGAGUUAAUCUCAGCUCUGGCGGGACAGUCAUCGUAAACCCAUGUAAUGGAGGAGACUCGCAGAAGUGGAAGUUUGAAGCUGUCAGCAUUUGAGGGAUGGAUAGGUCAAUUUAAUAUUUUAUCAAGUCAUCAGAUUCGUGUGCAAUCAGAAUACCAACUAAACAGACUAAUACCUACAGAGAGCGGAGAGCGUUUCUAUACUGACGGAAAUAAAGGAACGGUUAUCUGGGGAAGCACGUAUACUGCUGGGCAAAAGAAAGUAUACGCUUGGAAAUUGGAUUUGAGCAAAACAUGACAUUGUUAUGUAACCGUUACUAGGCGAGAAAACAGUGGCCGAAACACGACACACUUAAGACCCAAAACACAACUGUGACAUUCGUAACUAUCAAAAAUUCAUCACCAUCGAAAAACCAUUUCUUCUUUGUUUCAUUUUAACCAUCAAAACAUGGGUGUAUACUUUCUUUUGCCCGGCAGUUUACCUCACUGAGUGUUGUUAAUAUAAUGUAUUACCGUAUGAACACAACAACAAAAUCGUUUUAAUCCCCUAUUUAUUUCUUCCGGUAUAUUUGAGCCGAUACAAUGACAGGAGAAUACCCUAUAUAUGUGUCAGGCAACUGCAGUAUUAUUGGCUUCGUGAACAUCAUGUUAGAAUUGGUCUUUUCAACCCGUGCUUGUCGUAAGAGGCGACUCACGGGAUUGGGUGGUCAGGCUCGCUGAUCUGGUUGAUACAUGUCCGUGUGUCCAUAUUGUGAAGAUUAAUACUUGUGAUGUCAAUCACUUGAUUGUCUGGUCCAGAUUCGAUUAUUUACAGGCCGACGUCAUUGCUGAGUGCGACAUUAAGCGACAAACAAACAACACAAUUUUAUUGAACUUUAUUGGCCAUAAAACCUAAAAUUUACUCUACUCUAUAAUAUUUAAUAAGCAAAGCAAUACCAAAUUAAUGUAGGUUGAUAUUUUUAUACAACAAUUUGUCCAAUGUAUUGAUUCUACUGUCGGUUCUCCUGCAUGAAUAGUAAUCACGAAAUUCUAACCCUUAACGGAAAUUGAGAAAACUCGACAAUAACAAUUGUCUAACGACAUGCUACACCGUGUGCUUUAAAGGACAUGUAUCUAUCAGUGUAUGUCACAUGACUCGAACACCUGUCGUCGCUGCUGUUAAUCCACCAGGGGGCGCCGCUAUGUGUCACGUGUUAACACCGCUGAACGGUUGUCCGAUUCUGUGAUUGAUACAGACAUGAACACAUUCGUGACCAACUCGUGUUAUUCCGGGACAAGCCGGAUUCUUCUUGCAGGUUACGGAAAGGGGCGAGUGGUGACGAAUGACAUGAACACUUAGUCACCUGGUGUUAUUGAAUGUAUACCGCAUGUAUCGCCCGCUACAUCUGGGGCUACGUGACAACGUCUUCCGCCCACCAGCCAUUCAACACGGCAUGUAUUGCCAACCGAAACAAUCAAUUGUUGGCAUUGUAUAUGCAAUAAAUUAUGACACUGCUUUAUAUGAAAAUUUAUGAAAAGAGAUGGUCCGUGCCGGAAUUGGAGCCACACUUCCUCAGAGCAUCAGUCUGUUUAGUGUUAGCCCCAGUACCUUUACCGUCGAUAUUACGGAGAGUUCCUCGUUUUAAGACGUUCCUGUACUAUUUAAGAAUAGAGAACAGUUUCCACAAUUUUACAUCGUUCCAACAAUAUUUGGGCUUAUGUCUCCACUUUAGAACACUAACUCACAUACCCUUGAGAAUGAAUUAACAAGGAAAUUCAACUCAGCUCUAGAAAGAUUUCAAGUCUCGUUUUCCUCCGCUGGAAAAAACAAGAAGAAAAGCAGCAGUGAUUGGUAGCUUGGGGAGGAAGGGGGAGACCAGGGAGGUGUCAGGUAGUGGUCUUAAAUACGCUACUGAGUAUCACUGGCAUGUAAACAGAAAUGAAGGUUGAUAUUGAAGAUUACAGAAAUUCCAACAAAAUAGAACCUUGCAGAUUUGGUUAAUCCCCGAAAUUAAGCACUGUUGUGGGCUCCAUUUGGAUUUUAUUAUUUUUAUUUGGUAUAUUUUUAAAUAAAAUAACUUCACUUCAUGGGACUAAUGUUAGUCUAUCCGUCAUACUGCACGUUCUUAAUAGCCAGUGAUUUCCUGGCUCAGAUAGUGUGAGGUCAUCAUGAUGGGUUUCACAUUCAGAAACCGUAUGCGUUGAAUAUUUUGUUAAUUGAGUCUUGAAUAGAGGCCCAUGUUAUAAUGUCAAAUAAAUACAUACUAAACACACGUGCGUCUAUUGGUUGAUAUACGGUUUCUAAAUACCGCCAAUGUCUCAUGUUGGUACGCUGAGUAAUGGUCUCGAGUAGAAAAGAAUGGAGGCUAGAAAUGAUAGAACUUUGACACGACAGUGGAAACCCACGCCAAGCAUGUCAACCACGUCUUGAUUACAGAGAUGACAUACUGAUAUAGACAUGUGAUGAUUUGGUACACGAUUUGUGGCGCCCAGUUUCAUUACCAGAUUCACUGUAAUAACGCAUUCUUUAACAUUUUAAAAAAAUCGUGGUAAACGAAACAGAACUGCUUCACUUCGGGCUUUUCUCCCACAUUAAGCUGACACACAAUGAUAGAACUGAAAUACUGUUUAAAGCGCCUUAAACCAAACUCUCUGCCUGUGACUUAACGAGCAGCGUUAGACAACAUUAAACAUUAUUCUGUGUUCAUUCAUUAUCAAACAUAUAUUUCAAGAUGUGUAUUGAUUUCAAGGCCAUAUGACCCAUAUUACAUGAAAAUGUAUAAAUAAAUGUAACACACGUGAGGUUACAUGUCACCUCUAAGUUGGAAUAUACUGAGUAAUUAUUUAGCAAAAGUACAAUUGGUUUCUUUAUCGUUAACUGCACACAUUUGGUAAGGUAGGCUUUUUUCAUCUAACAAAGCACUCUGUAAUCUUUAACAUAUAUCUAAUACGUUUUUUUCACAAACUUUCUGUGUACACAUUCAAUCGUGUCUAUUUCCUUAAAAAACACAUACAGUAAACUACGGUUAU